AUUUCACCUUUAUGUCAUAUUCACUCAAAGUUAAUUAAUGGCAAAUAUAUUUUCUUUAGAAAAUAAUACGUUUCAUAUUUAUUAAAACAAGACUUUAAAGUAUCCAUUGUGUUUAAUGCAGUCCAAUUAACGUGUUCAUAGGUAUAACUUCUUAUCAUUGAAGGGACUUCAAACCUCCUUCUAUACAUUAGCAAUGGAAAUUUUACCGAACCACAGAAGUUACGCUGGAGCGAUCUUGGAAUGUUUUUGGGGAACCGGCGUGAUGCUCAUACCUCUGUUAGCCUAUCUCAUUCGAGACUGGCGUUACCUUCAGUUAGCAAUUUCUCUACCUAGUGUACUUUCAGUAUGGUACAUCUGUUUCAUGCCGGAAUCGUUAAGAUGGCUUCUAAUAAAGAAUAAAACUGAAGAGGCUGAAAACCUUAUAAAUAGAAUUUGUUCCUGGAACAAAUGUACGUUUCCAAAAGAGGACUUUGACGAAAUUAAACAACAACUUACUAAGACAGAGAAUGAUGUUCAGAAGUAUUCUGUCCUUGACCUGAUGAGAAGCAGGACACUUCGAAAAAGAAGUAUUAUAUUAUACUACAUAUGGUUUGCAAUAUCGGUCGGAUAUUAUGGCCUUACCUGGCAACUCACCAGUUUACCUGGCAACAAAUACCUCAACUUCUUCAUUGCCGGAUCCGUUGAAUUCUUGGCUUACGUAUCGGUCAUCUACAUUACAAAAAGAUUUGGACGAAAGAGACCACUGCUUACGUAUUUUACAUUAGCUUCUAUCCUGAUGAUUACUGCUGGUGUUAUACCCCUGGCUGUGUCAAGCACUGACGCCUCAUACAUUGCCAGCGGAUUUGCCAUAGCAGGAAAGUUUGCCAUGGGUGGACUAUUUGCAACUAUUUUUAUCUACACGGCUGAGCUUUACCCCACAGCAGUCAGAAAUAUUGGAAUGGGCAGUUGUGCAUUUUGGACUAGGGUUGGCGGAGUAGUCGCCCCUCAAACGAUUUCUCUGGACCUGAAAGGAAACAAGACUUAUCCAUUGCUACUGUAUGGAGGUAUUACACUAAUUGGAGGGCUACUUACUCUUCUGCUUCCGGAAACACUGAAAAUUAAGCUUCCCGAUACUCUUGAUGAAGUAAAUAAGACACAGAAGACAUCGGAGGGAACGUCUUUAGAAAAAAUAAACGAAGCUGCCGAAAAGUCAGAAGUGGAUGUAUGGGACUACAAGUUUUAAAGUCAGUUGUCCUACAAACACCUUCAUUGUUGCACAAUAUGGUAAAUUAAACACCGAAAACAUCAGAGAGAACGUCUUUAGUAGAAAUAGACGAAGCUACCAAACAGCCAGAAGUGGAUAUGUGGGACUACAGGUUGUAAAGUCAGUUGUCCUACAAACACCUUCGUUGUUGCACAGUAUGGUAAAUUAAACACAGAAAACAUCAGAGAGAACUUCUUUUAAUAAAUUAGGAGAAAUAAGAGAAGCUACCGAAAAGUCAGAAGUGGAAGUGUGGGACCACAGAUUGUAAAGUCAGUUGGCCUACAAACGCUUUAAUUGUUGCACAAUAUCAGUUUAUGUCUUGUACCACUUCAGUAUAUUUCUUGCACCAUAUCAGUAUAGGCACUAUAUAAAUUAAAUAUUUGUCUUGUGUAAUGUAUUAAUACUGUAAAAACAUUGAAAUUUCAUGGUUUCUGUAAAUAUGAAAUACUUGUGGGCAUUUUACUUGUUAGGUGGAAUUAAGAUUCUGGAUUGACCAGACAACGAAACCCAUGAAACUUAUUCCCCAAUAAGUAUUAAUUUGACAUAUAUGAUUUGUAUAUGAUAUGUCUCCUAAAAUAAAAGGUUAUUUCUUGUACAAUAUUAUUAUACAGAAUGUAUUGGGCAGUAUCAGCAUAUUUCUUUUACACACCAGUGUAUGUCUUGUACCAUUUAAGUGUAUUUCUUGUACAAUAUCAGUAUAUUAUUUGUAUUUCUUGUACAUUACAAUAUAUGUUACGUGAUCACAUUUUAGGACAUGCCAGAAGUAUUUGUCUAUUUGAAGAGUUUGCUGUUGUUAUUCUUAAAUAUGUUUUGUUGCAGUCAGGAGCAAAAUUCAUUAUGCCUGGUAUAGCCCAAAGUCUAAAAUGCAAUUCAUCUUAAGCUAAGAUAUGUUAAUGUUAAACAAUUAAAUCAAAUCAAAUUUAGCCUUUCAUAUAUAUAUGUGUGAAAAUCGCCAAUUUAAAGACUGGUCAUUUCUUUAGAAAUCCUCGCUCGACAGAUCCGAGAUGAAACUGUAUGCAUUAUAUAAGGAAUUUGCCGUGACAGUAUAUUGAAUUCGAACGAGUGUAAAUGGGCUGUAUCUGGCUUUGCUUUGCAAAACAGAAGAAAUCCAUCUUGUCUUGGUUUAUUUAUAAAACUUUUCCAAAUAUCUAUUUUUAAAAUGCUCUUUUCGCAGUCGCAUCUCUCUCUAUAUUAUUGCCAAUAUCUUCCGUUUAAUAUGAACUGUGCUAGCUUUAACACAAUAAUUCUUUUAAAAAAAGCGGCACUUUCCUUAUGAGAUUUUAAGGAUUAAACACAUCCAGUAAACUCAACGAGUGAAUCAGCAAUACGAUGUCUAUGUAGUGAUUGUAGAAUGAAAGGAAUGGAAAUGAUAGUGCAGAUUCCAGGAAGUCACCUAGCUCUGAGUCAUUACAUAAUUGUAUAAAUCAGCUGAGGUAAGAUUUAAGUGCUAUUAUAUAAGUAUCAAAUGGCAGCGUGUGUGACAUUGAUAUUGUCAACCCGAGGGCAGAAUGUCUCCCGAGGCGAAAGCCAAUUAGUGACAUUUUGUUUCGAGGGUUGGCAAUAUCAAUGUCACACACGCUGCCAUAUAAUACUUUAUUAUAACGAACAAAAUUAAGUACAUAAAAAAGUUAAAAAAUGUUUUAAUUCAUCUAAUUCAACUUUUGUUUUAAAUUCCGUCUGAAAUGUUGUAUGCACAUUGAAAAGUGACGUCGCUACUGUAUGUAUACAAGGGAGGCAAUCAUUUCAUGAUUUGGCUAAAAAAUUGAAGUCGUUACUUGCCCUGAUAACACAUUUAAAAUAUCAGCCCGAUCACAUGAUCUGACAGUCACUUUCGUUUGGUCACGUGUCAAAAAGGUUGAAAAUGUUUUAAUAGUCAAAAUAUCUCUUUCUCGGAUAAUGGAAUUUUAUCAUUGUAAACAAAAGUGAGGUAAUAUUAUAAAUUUUGUUAUCUAAUGUAAAUACCAUUUGUCCACUUUCAACAUUUUCUUGACGGCAUUUGUCUAGUAUAUUAUCUAAAACUGAUACCAUACCAUAGUUUAUUGUAAAUAAAAACUGGCAUAAGAAAGCAACCAAGAAUAAAUAAUAGCAGAUCUGGUUUUGACAGAAUCUGUUCAUGAGAGCUAUUGCAAUGUGCAAUACCCUAAUGCCAGUACCGGCUUAAGCUAAACUCUGCUAUUCAUAAAUAUUGGAGGGACCCCAUGAUCCCAUAAGUGUCAGAAAAUAUAACAAUGAGUCCAUUUAUUGGGAGACUUUUUACAGCCACCACAGAACACUGAAACUGCUUUUGUGAACGUAAAUUAAAUUUGAACUAAGAUUCUUUGAAAGCAUUGAACGCUAACAAGCAAAUAUCAAAAGUUGUGUUACUGCAACAAUUUUCUUGGCAAAUAUAAACUUCUAUAUGGAUAUCAUGUACUACGUUAUAAUUGAAACUACAGUUAAGGUUUUGUGACUGAUAGUUCAACAAAAAUCUAGAUACUGUGUGCAUGCCUUAACUAAUGAGAUACUAAGCACGAAAUCAUAUAUUGUAUGUAAUAAUUUUGACAAUGGGAUCCAUUUGUCAGCUGUAAAGCUAUAUACGCAAUUGGCAAAGAGCCUGUUGAAUGAGAUUUGUAAUGCAUAUCAGUUUCAUAUAACGUGCAUAAGCUGCAUCAGCACAGAUAAGGGUACAAUAUGCACUGCAACUAGGUUGAAUAUUAUUAAUAUCUAACAAUUCACGUUGUAUUUAAUACGACACAGUAUGAAGAAUCUCGUUAAAUCCUGAAGAUAUUUAAUUUACGUAAAUCAAGGCAUGCUUUAUAUGCAGAUGAAUUAAUAAUAAUGACCUAAAUAGUGAUUAUGCCUAGCUGGAUGGGUUUAAUGGAUGUGAUCGUUUAGCAGCCAUUGAUAGAAAAAGAACACUAUUACAAUACCUUGAUAUAACUGGACCUAUAUAAACCAAGUUUUAUCAUUUUGUGAUCAUCAUACGAAUUGAAAAGACCGCUUUUGAAUCGUAGUUUGAUAAUAUUUUAAUUGGACAAUUAAUUUAUUUGAUCAAAAAAAAACAUAUUGUCAUUACACUUCCUGUCAGUAAUGACUUUAAAAUGAAACAGGAUAGCAAAUGAAACAAAGUUUGCACUUAAAAUUUCAGUUUUGGCAUUACAAAUAACGGAAUGUCAUAGACUGUUUCUUUGACAGGACUUGGCUUUUGUGUACACAGAGUACUCUUUAUACAUUAAUGACACAGUUACUGAUAUACGGGCGAAAAUCCGUUUAUUUGCAGACGACACCAGUCUUUAUAGUGUUGUUGAUGACCCACAUUCCGCUGCUCAAAUACUAAAUACUGUUAGGCACCUGCCUUGUCAGAACUUGAUGUUAUUUUCCAUUUACUUUUGUGUCCAAGAUUUUAGAUUUUCACCGGGAGGCCAGUGCCAGCCGCCCCUCUUCGUUUUCCCAGCUUAUCCAUGGUUGUCGGUGGUAUACCCUAUCUGUUUCAAUUGGUUAUCAACUUCCUUACCCAACUAGCCCGGGUAUUCGUUACAACUUGGCCCCUAGACCCUUAUUUGUCCUUUAAAUCAUAUUCAUCUCUACAUUGCUCUACCUAGGUCAGACGCCAUCUUGGUUGUUUACUUCGGUUGUUUCCGGUUGUGCUCGAUUCUUUACGAAACCAAAUAAAUCGAGUUCGAUGUCCACGGAAACACCCGAAAGGCGUUAUCGGAGCUCUUCUGCGUCGUCAUGUUGAUGACGUAGGUGGAACAUUUAUGAAGGGUAUAAAUACCCUGGUUUCCGUCUCUACUUUGCCAAUCAAAUCUCCUCUUAAAGUUAAGGUGACCCUUACUAGAGGUCAAAGAAAUAGCUCUACAUCAAUGUUGUUUACCUUCUAUAUUUAGAAGAGCUUAGUAGCGUAAACAUACUUAUGCCUAGACCGAAGAGCGAGGUUUGUUUCUACAUUUCUAAAACAAUAAAGCCCUAUAAUGAGUAGCCCCAGUUUAUGCUAACUGGUACUUGUGGUCUCCCCCGAAAUUACCCCACCCAGAGAACUCCUAUGGAUAAACUCUAUAGAAUUUACACUAUAUAUCUACCAAGAUCUACACGACUUAGAAGACUAUAUUGUGCAAGAACACUAUGAACGUAUACAUAUAUAUUCUUAUUAAUAGAUAUACUCUUGUUGACUACGGUUAUUGAAUCCUUUCUCUACUGUACAUCAUGUAGAGCUACUACGAAGAGCUUAUUAUCUAUACACCAUACGUUGAGCUUAGUACUAUAUCUAUGAAGAGAUACUUAUUACUUCAUUAAAACUAGUAACCUUGA